UGGGGGAGGAGCCGGGGCGGAGCUGGGGGCGUGGGGAGGGUUGUCGGGGAUGCUCGGGAAUGGCACAGCCUAGGGCACAGCCUCGGGGUUCAUUCCGGGAAGAGGGAAGAAGGGCCGGGUAGAUCCGCGAUCUCAGUUCUGUUUCCAGUGUGCCGCCUCCGCGUGCCUCAGUUUACCUUCUGCCCAAGGUGGCACGGUAGGGAGAUAUCAGGGGUUGGGCUCCGUCAUCUCUUCCCACUGACCUCCCUCUCCUACCAAGGUCUCGUUUUCGCCAGACAUGCUCAAGAACCAGCCCAACGCCAUCUGGCCCUCCGUCUGCUCGCCGCUCACUGCACGUCCCCUCUCGGCCACAGAGACCGGGGAGCUCGGCGCGGCGCUGCCUCGCGUCCCUUCAUGCCGCCCGCUCGCCUUCUUUCUCUGCCCCACUCAGACCGGGAAACGGAAGACCAACGCGCGGCGCAGCUGCAAAGUCCAUUUCCUAUUCGCCAAACCGCGGGCGCCUUGCCCGCCGGGCCCGCCUUGCCCACCCACCCCGGGCAGCCUCGGGCUCCGCCUCCCCGGGCUCGCCCUGUAGUCUUUCGGGGCCGAAUGCUCUCUCCUGACCAGCCUAGGGUGGGGGUGCGGGGGGAGGGGGUCUCAGUGUCCCAGGCGCGGCUGGGGACCUGCACCGGGUGGCGGAGCACAGUAGGCGGGGCCCCAGCCAGUCGUGCCCACGGCAGCUGCUGAAUGUCCCUCCCACUGGUUUCGGGCGCAGUUUCGCUAUUUAUCAUUAGGGGGCGGGUCGCCCAGAUCACUAGACAGCGGAUAAUAAUAACAGCUCACACGGACACAGAGCGUUGUUCAUGCCAGGCCUUUUACUCACCUCUCGGGUCGUCCCCGCCAAGCCCUAUGAGGCAGGUGGGACUGGCUUUCCCACUUCCCGGGUGAGGAAACAGGAGACUCUGGCGCUCUCCCCAGUCCAGUGCCCAGUAAGGGCACAGCAGGAAUUUAUCCAGACCUGGGAUCCUUACCCAUCACUCUAUACCCUAAAAGGGAUUAACUUGCCCGUGAACAUCCCUCUUCACCCUAGAGUCCCCAAGAGGAGGUCGUCUUAUUAACGUCGUUCUUUAUCCAAAGAUGCAGCCAUAAGGACUGGUUUCCACUCAGCUUCUGCCCCAACAGAGGUGAGCCAUGCAGCCGCGUCCUCAAAACCGUGCGCCGGAACGCCUCAGCCAGGUGUUGGUUACAAUACAGCUGUUCUACACAGCUGUUUUCCACACAGGUGUGCUUCUGGCCAGCUAUACGCCAAAUGGGUGUGCUUCAAUGCAGAUGUCGCCCACAGGUGUGUUUCUUACCUGUCCUUGCCAAUGUCUUUUCUACAGGCUCGCCCCCAUGCAGGUAUGUACCACGCAGGUGUUUUUUCAUGAGGGACGCCCCAUCUGGGUCGGCCCCAAACAGGAGUGCCUCAUGCCACCGUGUCUCCAUGCCUCGUGUGUCUCCACACCUGUGCGGUCUUACAGACGUCACCGCAAUCCACGUGGGAGUUUCCUCUUGCACUUCCGCGCUUCCGCUCCUCUUACUUUCCCGCAUUACAGGAUUGGGUUCCCGUUACAGGUGCGCACGCGGCGCGGCCCCACCUCCCGCCUGGCUCCGCCCCCUCAUCUCGUUCAGGUGCACAAGCCGGAAGUGCGCUCCCCUCCCAGGUGAGUGACUAAACUUUCCGGGUCACGUGAGCGGGAGGAGCCGGUGUGGUCCGGCCGAGCAACCGAGGGACGCACGGAGGGAUCGAGCGAGGAAAGCAGACCGGGAACCUGAGUGAGAUCAAAGACGCCCGGGCCAGGUGCCAAGUCGUAAGUACCUCUGGCCCGAGAUGCGGUAGGAGCGGCGCGCAAGAAGCCCUGUCCCUGGUGCCACCAGCCUAUCUCCCCAGGCCCAUGGCGAGCCCCAGCCUGGGGCUGCUCCUGGCGCUCGGCCUUACCGGCAGGGGCGCUGGGGACCCGGGACACCGAGAGGUCAAGAACUGGGGAGCGGGCAUGGAGUGCCUUGGGGGCAGCAGUCUACAAGCAUUGGACCCCACUGCAUACGAGAAUAGCACCACUACCACCCCAUACCCCAGCUUCAAUGGGGCCCUGUCUAAGGAGGCCACCACUGCCAUCAUCGUGGUCUUCUCCCUCUUGGCUGCCCUGCUUCUGGCUGUGGGGCUGGUGCUGCUGGUGCGGAAACUGCGGGAGAAGCGGCAGACAGAAGGCACCUACCGGCCCAGCAGUGAGGAGCAGUUCUCCCACGCAACCGAGGCCCAGGCUCCCCAGGACUCCAAGGAGAAAGUGCAGGGGUGCCUGCCCAUCUAGGUCCCCUUCCUCUCUUCAUCUCCCUCCCUUGCUGUGUGACCUUGGGGGAAGGCUGAUCCCUCUCUGAGCCUUCAAAACCUGGGCUUAAGAAUAGAAGGGGAAAAGGUGCUUCAAAACUCUGCCCCUGAGGGCAAGGGAGGGUGGGGAUGCUGACAUUUUAUAUAUAUAUAUAUAUGUGUAAAAUUGGUAGUGAGAUAUAAUAAAACUUUUUUUUGAACUGGUGGAGGCAGAAAUUAGCCUAGAUGGAGGAGGUAAAUGCAGGGCUCAUAGGCCGUGGAGGAUGAAUUGCAAGGUUUUGAGGAUCUUAGGGGCUGGGAGGGUUUCCUGGAAGGGAGGCUUUUCACUACCAUUUGGAGCCAGCAGG